UUUGUAAAUAUAUUUUAGUAAUACCCUUAUAUUGAUACACUUACUAAUAAAUAUAUUCUUUAACUCACUAAUUGUCUCCAAACUUUUAGAUACGGGUUCUGAGUUGACAAUAUUUUGACCAGACUGAAUGUUUCAAAAGUUUAGAAAUAUUUAUCUGGCUUGUAUCAGAGAUGAUCAUAUCUUACCAAGAUGCGGACUAGCUGUAGAGAACGAGAAUUUUCUUCAACCGCUUGUAUAUCACACAAGUCUAGUACUCCCAUGAGAAGAGAAGCCAGUCUAAGCACUCCUACAUUAACUGUAACUGCUUCAGAGCCUAGACACAGGUCCAAGAAACAAGAACCACCAGAGUCUUCAGAAAUUGAUUUUUAUAUAAUCAAACAGAAAUUUCUGGAGGAAUUAGAAUCAAAGACACGACUUGGUUAUUCAAAGAAAACUGUGAGUCCUACUUUAGCACAGUUACGACUUACACCAGGUCGACCUAUUGAAGAAAAACGUAAAAUACUUAUUGAUAAACAUGCUGCUGCCAAACAAAAUUCCAAUAAACUUGCUGUUGGUGGUGGUGUCUCCAUUUGGCCAGAUAUGGCAAAGAUGAGAUUAAACAAGUUUGACCUACUCCAACUGAUAACCCUUUUCAUUAUCCUCAUUUUUGUUGCUGCCUACUUCUUUUUCAAAAUUCAUGGUUAUACAUUUACAAAAUUACAGAUGUUAUCUGAGAAACUAAAUAAUUUUUCCAUCAGUCAUCCAAUUUUAAUAUCUUCUGAUUACAACAAAUUCCACGACAGUGUAGUCUUCUGGCAUGCAGAUUUUCUAAAUUUGUUGGCAGAGAUAACUGAAUCAUUUGAUAUGUCACAUCCCUCUCGGCGUUACCAAAUCUAUAUUUUGUUGUACAUAUGUGGUGUUAUGCUUCUGUUUUAUUACCUCUUUGAAAGUAUUUAUGCUAAAAACAAAUUGUCACCAAACAGAAUCAGACGAUGGGUUUCCAUAUUGGCUGUCAUUAUCUGCUGGACUGCUUUGAUGCUGUUUCUCUUGAAAUCUGCUCAGAACCUAGAGGGCUUGAUUGAAUCGAAUGUCCACUAUUUAAACGAAGUUAUGGGAAUGAUUCUUUCAAAACAACACGAUACAGCAUAUUUCCAGAAUGUUCUGUUUUACUGGCGAACCAGAUGUCUACCCCCAUCCAGCCGAGGCACCCUCAGAAUCUUUGACAUCAUGUCAAUUCGAGAUUUCACAUUUUACCUGCAAUAUUACAGCCUACCCCUGUUUACAGUUUUAGUGUCACCAGUUAUACGUCUUGUUAUGACCCUUUAUUCAAUGUAUAGCGUAACGUGAUUGAUGAAGGAGAUGGCUAACAAAGACUCUAAAGCCAUAAAAUUCUUUUUUAUAUCUGUACAGAGAUAUUUAUGACCUUCAGUGAAACACUGAUUUAAUGGAUUGUUAUUAUACAUGUGUUAUAAGAAGUUUUGAAGUAAAUCUUUUAUUCAAUAAGCUAGGAUAAUUAGUGAGAAUAUACAACAGUAUAAAUGAUAUGAGAUUUAUAAGGAAACAUCAAGUCAAGGAUUAAGAUUUAUCAUAAGAUUAAGUAAAGACUCACAUUUAUCAUAACAUUUGUCACCACUGCACAAGCACCUCUACUUGCUUGCAGGGUAAGUUUGAGAGGCAGCAACUUUCCUGUGGCCUUUUCCCUGGCUACAGUUUCAAGUGAUAUUCCCAGUCUACCUGCACCAGUAACAAAUGGCUCCGGGCUUCGUCCCUGGCACUUGAAGCACCGGCUCAUGAAUGGUCACUGUCGCUCCAUGGCAGUUUUCCCUCCUCAUUCUUUACCGGUUGUUGCACUACGUCACAGGCUUUUGCAGCUACCAACACCACUGCCUUCUGCCUGGUGUUUUGUGUUGACAUGUGGCCUUGAGCAAUGAGCUCGCUCAUCGUCAUUUUCUCACUACCUGGCAGUUGUUGCAGUCACAGUGAUAUGUCGUUGGGAAAGCAAUUUACAAAGACCAGAUGUGCCUCCUUCUCUAGACCCUCUCCAGUAAAAACAGAUAGCAUGACCAGUCUCCGAACCUCAGCAGCACACUCAUCGACCUGUUCCCAGCUUAGCAGAUCCUUUCAAGUUCAGGGCCGUGAGGCCUGCUACAUCAUCGAUGCCUUGUAGCCUGGCCACCACCUUGAUCUUACGGAUCCAGGUGAUUACAUCUCCUUCACCACAGAAAGGUCUGACGGCAUCGCAGCUGAUUCUUAUCUUCAUUGCCAUCUUGUAGAAGGGGACAAUAACAAUGGAAAAAUAUAUUUAUACACGAGAGCCAAAAUAGCUUGUGGUACGAAGGAACUGUGAUAUGAGGAAUAAAAUACAGUUCAACUACCUCUCGUUGGUUGUCCAGCUGUGGUAAGUCCAAACAUGUGCCCUACCCAUCUCACCUAAUGUGAAUAGUCUUUCAGCUUUGUACAUAAAGUUGCAGUGAAGCCACCAAUUCCUAUGUGGUUAAACUGUCUAUUGGUCCAAAAUCAAUCAACUUAGAAACAGAAUUUCUAUAACCUAUGUUGGAUUGUUCAUAUACUGAUGUUGUAUUUCAUUGAGAGACUGAUGUUGGUUCUAACCCAAUGCUGCUACUCUUACAAGGUAAACAAGAUUUCCUUGAAUGAGGAUGAAGACCACAGAACUAGCAUGUUAUUGCAUAAGAAAUAUUUCACUAUUCAAAUUUGUAUUGAUUUACACAAAAAUCAGCUCAGAUUCUCUGGUACUUAAAAGCAUCUGAUGUUCAGAGUUGGGUUUUGUUGCUGUUGGUGUAAUGUUCAUAUUUCAUGUCUCUGAAGAUGAAAAGAUUAGUAACUUUACACUUUGUGGGUCCUGAGGUGGUUUAUUAGGUCAGUGUGAGCGUAAAAUCCAUGGAUACAGUGGUGGGAUGUAAUAGCAGGCGCAGAACCUCAUGGGAAUCAUGCUUUCUGUGCAGCCAGCAUUCAGUCAGGUUUGGCUAUAUGUCUGCACUUGUACAUACAGGACUUGAGAAAGUCUCUCUCUCUCUCUCUAUAUAUAUAUAUAUACACACCAUUCAUCACAUAUCUGAGGAUUCGGAGGGACUUUUAAGCUCUGGCAACGAUCACGCUCGGAUGGUGCUCUUAGCACUCCACUAGCACAGAUGCUAGUCAUCAAAUUUGAUUUUGAUUUCACUUGCCUCAACAGGUCUUCGCAAGCAGUGUUUAGUGUCCCAUGA